AUGAAGGUGUUACAAGCGUGGAAGAAGAACAACAGCCCCGAGCUGACUAUUGAGUCAGAGAGGGCAUCCUCAGAUAAAAGUGCUGUCAGCUUGUCAGGCUUCAUGAAUGAGCAGCUGGACUUUAAUAAUGACAGUGAUAUUAUCAGGGCACGAAAUUACAUACUGCCUUAUAUCUCAGAGGGAAAUCUAGGAGAUGUGGAAUCAACAUUAUUACCAUUCCUUCAGCUUCUUUUUUCAAGUACACAAGCUGGAGCUAUGCCGCUGGGCCUUUUGAAAAACAAUACAAGCAGCCCUUCUGUUAAACGUGUACGCAACAAUUCAACUAAUAAAAAUAGAUUGAGGAAACUCCAUUUUCUGGAAAAUUUGUUAGAUGCAGAAACUCAAGAAAAAAUGGAUGAGGUGAAAAAGGAAGAAAAACCUGCCACGCGUACGCGUUCCAACCUUUUAAGUGCCAUGUAUAAACGCUACAUCUUUCAAAAGAAGUUGGAAACUGCCCAACCACAGAAAGACAGCCUAGCGAAGACUAAGAGUACAGAGGAAAAGCUGCUGAGAGUGAACAGGGUCCUCAAGGGCCCGAGGGGCCUACAGAAAAUGCACCUCAAAGCAGUGGGAGAUGAGAGCGUCUGGGGGAAACAGAAUGCCCAGCCAUCUGUGGCGAGCACUGCCGAAGAAAGAAGGCUCAGGAGGCCAUCCCCAAGAAAGCUGAAUCAGCUACUCAUGGUGCAGAGGCCCAGGAAGCUGGUGGGAAAGUCCUCCAAUGCAGAGUCUUCAUUCAUAAAGGAAGACAAGGCAGCAGGUUCCUCUACCCUGAAACAGUACUUCAAAGGCAGGCCUCCUGCCUCCAUCCCUCCAAAAUCCCCACCUGAGCGUUCACAUCCCCGGGUGAUCAAGUUGAAACUCAGCUAA